GUAGACAUAUGUACAUACAUAAGUAAUGUGACAUCAGUUACGCCUAUGGAAAGUAGAGGGGAAACGCUUAAAUAGUAAUGCUAGUGCGCAAUUUCUACAUUGUAUAUAUUGCAAUAACAUUUAGGAGUGGCGUAUUAAAUUCUUGCGAAUUAUUGUUUCAAGUGUGAUACGCUUGAAUAAAUUUCAAAAAAACAAUCAUGAGAAUUAAUUCUAUUGUGCCGAAUUUUGAAGCAGAUACUACUCAAGGACAAAUUAACUUUUACGAUUGGCAAGCAGAUUCAUGGGUUGUUUUAUUUUCCCAUCCUGCCGAUUUUACACCUGUUUGCACCACUGAAUUAGGACGUUUGGCAGUGCAUCAACCUCAUUUUAAACGUCGAAACACAAAACUUUUGGCUCAUUCUGUCGAUAAACUACAAGAUCACGUUGAUUGGGUUAAUGAUAUCAAAUCUUAUUGUCAAGAUAUACCUGGAACAUUUCCUUAUCCGAUAAUUGCUGAUCAUGAUCGCACUUUGGCAGUGAAAUUAGAUAUGAUCGAUGAAAUUAGCAAAGAUGAUCCAGAACAAGCGUUAACUGUUCGUGCUUUAUAUAUUAUAAGCCCCGAUCAUCGGUUACGUUUAUCAAUGCAUUAUCCAACAUCCACUGGACGCAAUGUAGACGAAAUUUUGCGAGUUAUAGAUUCCUUGCAACUUGUCGAUAAGAGACCGGAAAUAGCAACUCCUGCUAACUGGGUGCCAGGUGAAAAAGUUAUGAUUCUUCCAACUGUAAAAGACGAAGAACUUCCUAAACUUUUCCCCAAAGGAGUGGACAAAGUGUCAAUGCCUUCUGGCAAGGUUUAUGUCCGCACAACCACAAAUUAUUAAACAUAUUCAUAAAUGAAGUUUUAUAUUAAAUAUAUGAUAUAUUAUUUUAUAUUUUAUAUUUAUCAUAAAGUUAUAUAAAAUUUUAUCUUUCAUUUAAGAUACCAUUAAAAAUUAUCAUGCUUCUUAUUUAUAGUUAUUUAAUACAAUAUAUAAUAAACUUUCUCUUCUAUUAUUUU